AUGUUAUCCAGGUACUGCCUCCACAUAACUACACUUGUCAUUAUGGGAUCCAGGUACUGCCUCUACAUAACUACACUAGUCAUUAUGGGAUCCAGAUACUGCCUCCACAUAACUACACUUGUCAUUAUGGGAUCCAGGUACUGCCUCCACAUAACUACACUUGUCAUUAUGGGAUCCAUAUACUGCCUCCACAUAACUACACUUGUCAUUAUGGGAUCCAGGUAUUGUCUCCACAUAACUACACUUGUCAUUAUGGGAUCCAUAUACUGCCUCCACAUAACUACACUUGUCAUUAUGGGAUCCAGGUAUUGUCUCCACAUAACUACACUUGUCAUUAUGGAAUCCAGGUACUGCCUCCACAUAACUACACUUGUCAUUAUGGGAUCCAGGUACUGCCUCCACAUAACUGCACUUGUCAUUAUGGGAUCCAGGUACUGCCUCCACAUAACUACACUUGUCAUUAUGGGAUCCAGGUACUGCCUCCACAUAACUGCACUUGUCAUUAUGGGAUCCAGGUACUGCCUCCACAUAACUACACUUGUCAUUAUGGGAUCCAGGUACUGCCUCCACAUAACUGCACUUGUCAUUAUGGGAUCCAGGUACUGCCUCCACAUAACUACACUAGUCAUUAUGGGAUCCAGAUACUGCCUCCACAUAACUACACUUGUCAUUAUGGGAUCCAGGUACUGCCUCCACAUAACUACACUUGUCAUUAUGGGAUCCAGGUACUGUCUCCACAUAACUACACUUGUCAUUAUGGGAUCCAGAUACUGCCUCCACAUAACUACACUAGUCAUUAUGGGAUCCAGGUACUGCCUCCACAUAACUACACUUGUCAUUAUGGGAUCCAGGUACUGUCUCCACAUAACUACACUUGUCAUUAUGGGAUCCAGAUACUGCCUCAUCAUAGCUGCAUUUAUAAUUAUGAGAAACAGGUACUGCCUUAACACAACUGUACUUAUGAUUAUGUAA